AUGGAUGGGUCUGCUGCGAGAGCGAGAACCAGCAUCGGAUAGUGGAGUGGAAACAGGAAGAGGAGGAGAAGAGGGAAGAAAGGAGAGGAUCGUGCGAGAGACGAGGUGGCCAGGAGUUGAAAGGGAGGAAAAAAGGGGAACAGAGGGGCGUGCGGACGAGAGAGAACCAAAACAAAAACAACAAAAAAUAGAAGCUAGCCAAGGAUGAGGAUGUCUAUUUAGAGGGAUCCAAGACUCCGCGGGUCUGCUGUCUUUCUAUUCCUGCCUGACAGCAUCAUCUAAUUUGGACCAGAAAGUCCCCACUCCCACUCACCCCCAACUCCACCAACAACGCAGUUCUCUCUGCAUUUACUUUGAAGACUGCUUUUUUUGCUCUCAGGUGUGAAGUGGAGGGCCUCCAAAACACAGACCAAGACUGGCUGCAUGUAUCACCCAGCAGAGCUCUACUCUGGCCGUAACACAUGGGACUCCUACUCAGUUGGAGGACCUAACAAAGGACAAUGGGCUCCUGUAAAUGCUCGCCCCUGGAGCCACACACAGAGGCUGCAAGAAGGGCGCAAACAGCCAUAUCAUUCUCUGUCAAGUCGUAUUUAUAGCAGGUAAGUAUUUAUCAUUUAUACUACACUUAAAAGGCUUUCGUGUUGACCAGCUUUCAGAGUUAUGUGCUGUGAUUUAUUUGUUACUGAAACUGCUUUUGUCAGUGUCAUCUUCUCUAAGCUGGCUUCACUCGUAUUGAGAAACCGAACAGUACAACUCUUGAUGCCCUCGUGGAUAUGAGUAUUGACCGGAAAAGUUUCUGUUGUACUGUGGUGUAAUUACCAUGAAUGCCUGUCCACAGUGUGGUCCUGAGUUUAGUUGUUUUCACAACAGGGGUGACAGAACAAUCAACCAUGUCCCGGACAAAGGUAUCUCAAAGGGGCAUAGCCAGCUGCUGCGAAUUUGGGAUGGUAAAGAGCUGCAGUUUGAGGUCCAGAACUGGCAUCACAACUCCAUUCGUUCGUUCCACAUCCGAGAUGGCACCAACAAUGGUUAUCUGCCAGGACCAGAGGAACGCUACGCAAACUGGCAAAACAAUAACGGGGGCCCUCGCCUGCAUCGCAACAACAGGGAGCUUCAGGGAACCGCGCCAGAGAGAUGGGCCCACUCAGACCCCCGCAGGAGUUUCCCGGACAGGAUGGUGAACAACAGAACAGGACCAUGGAAACGGCCAGCCCUCCACCAGCGACGGGAGCAAGCGCAUCACCACAGUCCACCCCCGGAGCACCCAUUAACCCCCCGGGAUGAGUGUCCAGCUAAGAGGAGAAGAGACUCGGGACCUGAUCAGGCUUGUCAUACUGGAUCCAGGCACUUACCUUUACUUGCCCAUGCCCCAUCAUCACCUCACCAACAGCGCUCCAACCAGGAUGAUUGGAAGCCUCCAAGUGACAGGGCGGGUCCAUGCCACCACUCUGAACACAGGACCUCAACAACACAGCAACAGGAAACCUCUAAACUGCGAGCUGGGAGACACGGCUUCAGUGACCCAGUGCCGUCCAACCAGAGCUGCGGCAGGAGGCCACCGCAUUAUGGAAGCAGAGGGAAGGUCGAACGGAAAAUCUCAUCUUCACCAGCAGACCACACCCGUGUGCCUUACAGCCACCAACACCAUCACUAUAACCAUCAACGGCACACAGGCCAGCCUAGAGCACCUCAGCACAACGCCCCACUCCACCCUCUGGAGGAUAAGGACUCUUGGAACCAUCAUCACAAACAAAGCACAGAGAAUCAGCGCAUUCAUCAACGAACAAAUUCAAGGGACCCCUCCCUCUCCAAAUCUGGUGUAGACUCUCCUCAGUACUCAUCUGUCCUCUGUGGUCCGAACAAUGGAGGUUCUACUUCCAGCAGUACAGGUGCUCCUUCCAGUCCUUCUUCAGACAAAAUGCUCAAUGGCAGAAAAGAUUCACCAGUCAUUCAGCAGCGUUGUCCCAGCCUCAGUGGGCAGCUAAAGCUCCAAGAAAGUCCCAGUGUCAUUCCGAGACCCAGUCGGGCAUCAAGUGCAUCUCCGACACCCCGUGCUGGUUCAAAAUCUAGGCUUUCAGACCUCAAGUACAGGAAGACCUCACAGCUCCUCUGCUCACGGCAGUCUCCCCACGAUAGAUCAAGAGUGGACAAGCCUGAGAGGGAGUUAGAAGAUAAAAAGUCUGAAUCCAAACAAAAGUAUAAGCUGCUGAAAAAGGAGAAGAAGGGUGACGUUCUGAAGAUGGGCAGAAAGGGUGAGGACAGAAAAAGGCGGAAGAAAAAAGAGGAGAAAAGGUUGGCCGAGAAGAAAAAGAAACGCGAUAAAGCAUCUAAGAAGGAACGAAAAUUAGCCCUCAAAAUGAAAGUUACAGAACAGGAAAUGUUUUCUUCCGUCUCUGCUUCCACCUUUCUAAGUGAGGCCAAGAUAAGUAAAAUGGAGACUUUGAACGGAGAGAAUCAGGCCCAGUCACCACCCAAACACAAGCACAGGGACAGGAGUGAAAAAGGAGAGAAGACUACGCAUAGGUCAUCCACAAAUACCCUUCAUCCCAGGCCCACUUUACAGCAGUCAUCCUCAAAGUCUGAAAAUCACAAAAUGCUCAAAAAGAGCAGCAGUGCCCCAGAAACCCCUCUUCCUAAGAAAACCAGCCACCACCAGGCCAGCAAGCGUUCCACCAUCGUCUCAACCCAACUGGAAGGUGAGCCAAAAGCAAAGCCAGAUGACACACUCCCUUCCCUCUUAUUUAAAGCCUUAGCGCCUCUCAGUACAGUGUGCUCGGCUGGCUUAGAGCAGCAAGGCGGGCAGGGAGGAGUUCUCAACGCUCCAGACCUUCAGCCCGUGGCUGUGAUGGGAAAUUUAAGGGAAACGGGAGACAACCUUGCCAACACACCUCCUGUGCUUAGCUGGCAGGGAUCUCCAGUAUCAGAUCUUGGAGAUGAUGAGGAGGAGCUAGAGAAAGGUGUACUAAGCAGACCUGUCCUCCAGCUCAGCCCCACUCAGUGUCUUUCACCCCCUCCUGUAGAGAGUGAAAGCAUUGAUAAUAUGAAUGCAGAAGAUUAUUCCCACAGCAGCAUGUCUGAAUUCUCCGAUCUACCUUGUUCAAUUGAACAAGUUUCGGAGGAAGAAAAGGAAGUGAUGAUGGACAGCAGAGGGAAGCUGUCUGGCUCUCCCUUUCAUGAGUUUCAUAACGACGACACAGGUUUUGAUGAUGUCUUUGAGAGCCUGGCCACCUUGCUUGCCAGCCAGAGGGUCGCGUGCCGAGGUGGUCCAUUCGGCGGUCCUCCUGCUAGUGAUGCAAAUGGAGUAAAGUACUCUUCCUCUCUUGAACUGGGCCCAGAUAUCCACUGCCCCGAGAAUCAGGACUUCUUCCCUACAUCAUAUCCCACAGAAUCCUCCGAACCCAGUAAUCAAUCACCAGUUCACAUUACCACAGACACACUUGAAGAAUUCCACAGUCUGGCAGAUGUGAGUAAGCCAGCCACCAGCUCAAUGGUGCAGGAAAAAGAGGAGGAAAAUGAGAGUGAUGUACAAGGUGCGAUGAAACAAGACGGCAAGGAUGCAGCAAUCACGAUGGAGAGGAAGGAGACUCUUUUGGAUGGGUCAUUGAGUGCAGAGCUGACUCUGACCACAACACAUACAGUAAUGAAGAUGGUAAAGAAAGCUCCCUCUACCAAGGAAAAAAGUGGAAACGGCACAAAGACAGAACGUGCAGGCAAAGAGAAAAAGAGAAAACAAAAGGUAAAGGAUGGGAAAGGAGAGGGAGCGAUCAAGAUUAAGAUAAAGAGAGAAGAAAAUAAGGUCAUCAGCUGUAAAAUUAAAACAAGUAGAGUACCUGAUGUUAAAGACACCGACGCUUCAUCUUCAGUGCCAGUUAUUUCAUACUCAGCCAGACCGGUCAAAGACAGCAUGAAGGGCCAGACUCCUCAGGAAAAUCAAACCCCAAAUGGCAAAAAUAUCGAAAGACAGAAAAUGGACACUGGGAAUUCAAAUGCAACAACAGAUGAGAAGAAAGGGUUAAAUAAUGAGACUGCCUGUGUAGUCGGAAUUACAGACAUCACCACCUCAAAUUCAGCAUCAGCUGUAUCAACAAGUCCAUCCAAAUUAGAUCGUCCUACACCAGCAAGUAAAGUGGACCCACUGAAACUGAAAGCGCUGUCCAUGGGCUUGUCUAAGGAGCUGAAGAUCCUCUUGGUUAAAGUGGAGAGUGGCGGAAGGCAGACAUUCAACAUAUCAGAGGUGCAGGAGCAACGAAUCCCAAUCCCACUUUCCAAGAUCAGCAUCACAAAUACAGCCGCUGAUGUGAUCGGAGCAUGCAGGGGGGCAAGUGUGAAAGGGAAAUUCAAGGAGUCGUACUUGCCUCCCGCAUUUUCGGUUAAACCCAACAUUGCAGCUGAGACCCCCAUUCCUCGCGAUAAGCUGAAUCCUCCUACACCAAGCAUCUAUUUGGAGAGCAAGAGGGAUGCCUUUUCUCCGGUUCUGCUUCAGUUCUGCACUGAUCCCAAAAACGCUGUUACGGUCAUCAGAGGCCUCGCUGGCUCCCUCCGCCUUAAUCUUGGUCUGUUCUCAACCAAAUCUCUGGUGGAGGCCAAUUCGGACCAUGCAGUGGAAGUGAGGACUCAGGUUCAGCAGCCUGCUGAUGAGAACUGGGAUCCAAGUGGUGCGACUCAGACGUGGCCCUGCGAGAGCAGCCGCUCACACACCACCAUUGCCAAAUAUGCCCAGUACCAGGCCUCCACCUUUCAGGAGAGCCUGGAGGAGGAGAAGGAGAGUGAGAAUGAGGAAGACGAGGAACAGACUCCAAACCAAUCGGCGUCCACAAAAGCCGCUCUGACAUUAUCCAACAGUAAAGGCAAUCAUACCUCAAAAGCCAGUUCUGCGUCCAUCUUGAGCAAAGCUCAGCCUCCUAAUGCCAACAGCUCUCUGAGCUCAGAGCAAAAACCUGUUGGAAAGAUCAUUAAAUUCGGGACCAACAUAGAUCUGUCUGAUCCUAAAAGGUGGAAGCCCCAGCUGCAGGAGCUGCUGAAGCUGCCAGCUUUCAUGCGAGUGGAAUCCAGCAACAACAUGCUGAGUCACGUCGGUCACACCAUCCUGGGCAUGAACACUGUCCAGCUUUACAUGAAGGUGCCAGGCAGCCGUACGCCAGGUCAUCAAGAGAACAACAAUUUCUGCUCAGUUAACAUCAACAUUGGGCCCGGUGACUGUGAGUGGUUCGCAGUCCAUGAACACUACUGGGAACUUAUUAAUAAUUUAUGUGAAAAGCAUGGAGUAGACUACCUUACAGGGUCCUGGUGGCCAGUUCUAGAGGAUCUCUACAGUUCCAACAUCCCUGUGUACCGCUUCAUCCAGAGGCCAGGCGACCUGGUGUGGAUUAAUGCAGGAACUGUGCACUGGGUCCAAGCUGUGGGCUGGUGCAACAACAUUGCCUGGAAUGUGGGACCGCUCAACUCAUACCAAUAUCAACUCGCCCUGGAGCGCUUUGAGUGGAACGAGGUGAAGAAGGUUAAGUCAAUCGUUCCCAUGAUCCACGUUUCCUGGAAUGUGGCUCGCACCAUUAAAAUCACAGAUCAGGAUACCUUCAAGAUGAUCAAACACUGCCUGUUGCAGUCCAUCAAGCACAUCCAGAUUCUGAGAGACCAGCUGGUGGCUGCAGGGAAGAAAAUCUGUUACCAGAGCCGCGUGAAAGACGAGCCAGCCUACUACUGCAACGAGUGUGAUGUGGAGGUGUUUAACUUGCUGUUUGUGACAAGUGAGAACAGUAGUAAGAAGACCUACGUGGUGCACUGUGAGGACUGUGCCAGAGCUAAGAACCCGUCGCUGACAGGAGUAGUGGUGCUGGAACAGUAUCGGAUAGAGGAGCUGAUGAAAAUCUAUGACAGUUUUGUGCUGACUCCAACUCCCUUCUCAAAGUGAGGACUCCUCCACAGUGUCUUUCAGCCAUAACCAAAACUCUAAUGGCAGCACAAAUGUUGCCUUCAAGGCAAUCUGUUCCUGCAAACACUGUCUCAAUCAGCCAAUCACGUUUACUCAGUAUUGUUUACAUCACACAGUAAGGUAUGGAUACUCAGCCAAUCCAACUAUAUAGCUCACCGUCUUCCCCAUACCAGCUGCUGAUUGGACAUGUGUUUUGAAAUAGAAUGACUAGACUGGUACUUUUCACGAGAAGCAUUUUAGAUAAGGACAGGAGACAAAAAACACAAUGUGAGCACUGCUAGCACUGAAAAUCAGGUGAUGUAUUUUCAACGGACACUGCUGUGAUUCAAAAGCGUCAAGUAGCCAGUUCUGUGUAUUGAUUCAGGUACUUUUAUGCAAAUUCAGUAGAACUUUUUUACACCAAUCUAGUUAUUCUAUAUGUCCAUGAAUUUGCUGUGAUUCUAAUGUACCAGCAGGGGAAACGCUUCAUAAGAGAAGUAGCUGAUUGUCACAUUUGGCAUCGUACUGGUUUCUGUUUCUGUUUAUUUGUUGUUGGGUUUUUUUGUUUUUUUCGUAUUCAGGUAAAAGCUCUGACAUUUGUAACUCCUGUCUGUAAACUCUCUGAGGUGCUAUUCCAAUCUUAUUUAUGCUCGUUAGAUGCUUAAAAAAAGUUUUACCAGCCUAGAAGUACACCACAUUGGCCUUGUGAACUUUAGAGGAGAGAUAAUUAGAAGAUUAAACACACACAAAGGUUUUAUGUAAGCAUUAAAAAGACAAAAACACAAAUUUUUAUCAGUGUCUCUAAAAUACGGGUUUAGCAGAGGACUAAAACGGUUUCGUUCUUAUUUGAAAAUUAAGUGUGUAGAAAGAAAAUCAAACUUUUUUUUUUAUUUGUUUUUGGCUUCUUCACAGGUCUAAAUGGUGUUAGGUGUGGUUCUAUGACACAUGGAGGAAAAAAGGCAUUGUGAUGUCUUUUUCUUUUCUCUUUUUUUUAUUAUUGGAAUGGGCAGACAGUCCCAGUUUUAUACCUCUUUUGUUUCAAUGUUCUUGUUUCUAGAUGACAGAGAAGAUAAAUAAUUGUAAAUUGUGAAUAAAUUUAUGGGAUACGCAGUGGUGUGCAUAGACGGGGUGCGAGAGAGCAGGGGUCGCCGUUCGGGUUUAUGUCAGUGAAGUGCUUGUGAAGUGAAACGUCUGGAGGGACACACAAUCAUGUUAUAAUGCAAAAACCAGUGAGGUCAGACUGCAGGCCACGUCAGUAUCGUCGGUCCUGAAGGGUCCAGCUCAGUGCGCUUCUGCUCAGAAGUUUGGGUUUGUUUCGGAACGUCUUUUGUUUCUGAAAUAAAAGCAUAUUUGGUUUUUAUCUAAUGCGGCAUAAUGCUGAUCAGACAUGUCACAUGCUACAAAACAAUUUCUGAUUAAUGGACAAAGUCGCCAUUGCUUCUAAGAGAACCAUCACUGUUCUGUGGUGUUACCUGUUACAGCUUUAUCGUGCUAAAAGGCUAUGUGGUUGUCAGAAGAGUGUUUUUGUAAAUUAAAUGAGUACAUGUGAAAAUGGUUUUUGAAAUAACGGUAGCAGUAAAUUUGGCUAGUUCAGUUGUAGCCAAAAAGAUAUUGACAAACUAGUUCUAAUCAGAAUGGAAAGAGAUGUUGGAGAGGCUGGUGCACAGCUGAGAAAGAGGAAAAGUCCAUCACUGACUAAAGACUGGUUUGAGAAACAGGUACCUCACAGGUCCUCACCUGGCAUCUUCAGUGAAUAGCAGCUACAUAACCAGGGCUGCAC